CGAUUUUUGGGUUUCGAGAUGUUUAGCAUAGGUUUCACGGUUGGUUUCAUGUGGCUUUGGAGAUGAGGGUGGGGGUGGGGUAGGUCGGGUUGCUACGGGGAUGAGGGUGGGGGUGGCUAUGGAUGCGAGUGGAGGGGGCGAUAGGGUUGGCUUGGGUGAAGGAAUCAGCGAAAAAGGUGGCUGAGGUGAAGGUAUGUGGCGGCAGUGGGUGGUUGGGGGAAGGGUAGGGGAUCGCGAUUGGGUGGAUUUAGGUGGGUGGGUGGUGGGGUAAAGGGGAAGGGAGGUUUUUUUUUGUUUUUUCUUAAUUUAUUUGAUUUAAUUUAUUUAUUUUUAUUUUUUGAAGCAACUAACAUGUGACACGUGUCAAAUAAUUUUUUAAAAAUUGUUUUUAACCCUUUCAUCAGGUUACCGGUUUUUGGGAUUGAAGAAAGAUAAGCCACCUUAAAGUUGAGAUUAUUAAGAAAUAAUUUAAAUUUGGGAUUAAUGAAACUAAAUUGGUAAAAGUUGGGAUUGAAAAACUAUAUUAAUCUUUUAAAAUUUACCUGUAAACCGCAAUUAGACCCCAUCCUCCAUUACAUUCCUCCAAAGUCCAAACCUCCCCCUAAAGGAAACUGCUCUCUAUUCUUUCUCUCUCCUACUUUCUCUCGUUCUCUUUCUCCACCCCAGAAAUCAUCAUUUCAAUGGCUUCUUUGUAAAACUAACUUCAAUUAUUAAUAUGCCGCCUUCAUUUUCUACUUCUCUAAUUUUCUUCCUUUUCCUCAAUUUCUUCGUAUAUCUUGGAAUCAACGCUCAACUUAUCCCUCCAAAUGAAGUUAAAGCCCUGCAAAUAAUAUCAGACAAAUUAGAGAUCCAGUCAAUUCCUGCAGUACAGACAUAUUGGAAGGUCACUGACAAAUCCUGCAAUGAUGGGGGUCGAAGCUUCAAUAAUACUUUUGGCGUCAACAUUCUAACCAACGUUACUUGUGAUUGUACAUUUAACAGUGGCACUGUUUGCCAUGUCACACAUAUCCAAUUGAAGGGUCUGAAUCUUACUGGAUACUUGCCUGAAGAAGUCGGGAACCUUACUCAGCUGCAAGAAAUUGAUCUUUCUAGAAACUAUGUUAAUGGAGCGAUCCCUAAAACUCUAUCGAAGAUUCCACUUGUUACCUUAUCACUUCUGGGGAACCGGAACACUGGUCCCAUCCCGAAAGAAAUUGGCCAAAUUUCAACCCUGGAGGAGUUAAUCCUGGAAGAUAACCAACUAGAAGGUCCUUUGCUUAAUAGCCUUGGAAAUUUGAAAAACUUGAAAAGAAUGGUGCUUGCUGCAAACUUUUUUAAUGGAACAAUUCCCGAAACAUUUGUCAAUUUGAAGAACCUCACUGAAUUAAGACUUAGUGGAAAUUUGAUUACAGGGAAGAUACCUGAUUUUCUUGGUACUUUAACCAACCUUAACACAUUUGAUAUCCAGGGCACAUCUUUGGAGGGGUCUAUACCGUCUACCUUUUCCAGUUUGACAAAUUUGACAAUUUUGAGAAUUUCUGAUCUCAAUGUGAGAAGUAUCACUUUCCCAAACCUGACAAAUAUGGAAAAUUUACAGUAUCUGGUACUACGAAACUGCUCAAUUACUGGUCCAAUCCCUGAUUUCAUUGGAAACUUAGCAAAUUUGAAGCUUCUAGACCUGAGUUACAAUCAGUUGAGUGGUCAAAUUCCCGAAUCAAUGCAGAACUUACAAAAACUUGGAUAUUUGUUCCUUACGAACAACUCAUUUUCUGGAUCGUUGCCAGGUUGGAUAUUGAAUAGCAGGCAAAACUUUGAUGUGUCUUAUAACAAUUUUACUGGAUCAUCUCCAGCUAGUUGUCAGCAGUCAAAUGUGAAUCUUGUCGCCAGCUAUUCGUCUGCAAAGAGCAACAAAGUAAGUUGGUGUUUGAGGAGGGACCUUCCUUGCUCCAAUAAGCCCCAAUAUUAUUCUAUGUCUAUCAAUUGUGGUGGUGACAAGAUGAGUUUCCGAGGGAAUGAAUACGACGAGGACAGUACUCCUGGAGGCCCUUCCACUUUCUUUGCAAAUGGAGAAAAGUGGGCUUAUAGUAGCACAGGAUCUUUUCUCUACGAUGACAAAGCCAACUUCUUGGCAAUGGAAACAUCCAACCCUAAUGUGACGGGUAUUUAUCAAACAGCUCGUCUGGCACCUUUGUCACUUAAAUAUUAUGGCCUUUGCUUGAUACCAGGAAGUUACAAUGUGAAGCUUCACUUUGCCGAGAUAAUGUUUGCUGAUGACCGGACUUUUGAUAACAUUGGCAGGCGCUUCUUUGAUGUAGCAAUACAGGGGAAUAUAAAACUGAAGGACUUCAAUAUCGAGGCUGAAGCUGGAGGGGCUGGAAAGGAGAUAACCAAGGACUUUAAUGUCUAUGUCAGUGGGACCACCCUUGAGAUCUACUUAUACUGGUCUGGUAGAGGAACUACGGGGUCUCCUGACCGUGGCGUGUAUGGACCUCUUAUAUCUGGGAUCACAGUGACACCCAAUUUCAAAGUCAGCAAAGGAUUGUCUGUUGGAGCCAUUGUUGGAAUUGUGCUUGCUUCAUGUGCCAUUUUUUUGUCUAUCCUGGUAAUUCUGUGGAUGAAGGGUUGCCUUGGUGGAAAAAGCCGGGAAAAUGAAGAACUCCGAAGGCUAGGUACGGGAUAUUUUACUUUGAGGCAGAUUAAAGCAGCUACCAAUGACUUUGAUCACAGAAACAAAAUUGGUGAAGGAGGUUUUGGGCCUGUAUUCAAGGGUGUACUACCAGAUGGUAAAGUGAUUGCCGUUAAGCAGCUUUCUUCCAAAUCAAAGCAAGGAAAUCGCGAAUUUGUCAAUGAGAUAGGCAUGAUCUCUGCUUUACAACACCCAAAUUUAGUGAAGCUUUAUGGGUGUUGUAUAGAAGGAAAAGAGCUAUUGCUUGUAUAUGAAUACAUGGAAAACAACUCCCUUGCCCGUGCACUAUUUGGUAAAAAGAAUCAGAAGUUGCACUUGGACUGGCAAACAAGAAUGAGGAUAUGCUUGGGAAUCACAAGAGGAUUAGCAUACCUUCAUGUGGAGUCAAGACUCAAGAUUGUUCACCGGGACAUUAAGGCAACAAACGUGUUGCUUGAUAAGGCCUUGAACGCUAAAAUUUCAGACUUUGGUCUGGCUAAACUUGAUGAAGAUGAAAAUACGCAUAUUAGCACAAGAAUUGCUGGAACAAUAGGUUAUAUGGCCCCAGAAUACGCAAUGAGAGGCUAUCUCACAGAUAAGGCAGAUGUGUACAGUUUCGGGGUUGUCACACUUGAAAUUGUGAGUGGAACUAGCAACACAAGUUAUAGGCCGAAGGAAGAGUUUGUUUAUCUUCUUGAUUGGGCCUAUGUUUUACAAGAACAAGGAAACCUCUUGGAGCUUGUGGAUCCAACUCUAGGCUCGAGUUACUCCAAAGAUGAAGCAUCGAAAUUGCUGAAUAUAGCUCUUCUGUGUACCAAUCCAUCUCCUAGUCUUAGACCUUCAAUGUCUUCAGUUGCAAGUAUGAUUGAAGGCCAAAUCCCCAUCCAAGCACCAAUUGUCAAACGUACAGGGACGAAUGAUGAAUUAAGGUUUAAAGCUUUCGAGAGACUGUCACAAGACAGUCAAACUCAUGUUUCAGGGAGCUCAAUAUCAAGCCAAGUGCAAAGCAUGUCCAUAGAUGGGCCAUGGACGGAUACUUCCAUUUCUAUGCAAAGCAAGGAGAUUAGUGAAAAAUCAUCCUCAGCAUCAAAGUUGCUGCCUGAUGAUGUAAAGCCAGAGUAACAUGACCAAUUAUUGGUAUAAACCCUAAUUUGCUAGUGUACAAGGUUAAGUAGCUAAUGUCGUUACUAGAGUUUUUAUUACAAAGAACAAGAAGGAAACUAUCUGUGCUAUUAUUUACUAAGAAAUAAAAAAAAAAAAGAAAAACAGCUACAAGAAGUAGCAAUUCAUUAUUA